UAAUUACCUUGUGUCCUUGGUGAUCUUCAUUCUCCUUUGAUCCAGGUGGGUUGAGACCAAUUAAUGCAUCUUAGAUGGCUGCUUGCUAGCAUUUAAGACCCCAGACGCCGCUCUUCAAAGUGGAAUGCAGAAUGCUUUCUGAAUACAUUUUAUUAUGCCAAUUGACUUAGAUAUCCCCUGAAAUCAUGGUCCCCAGGCCCCUGCCCCUGCUACACUGGCCUUUGAAGCACUCAGUUAUUUCUUUGCUUUUGGUUUAGUCCAGUUGUGCUGACCUCCCCUGUAUUGUGUGUUGUCUUUCCCUUCACCUAAAGUAGUUCUUACCUACCAACUAAUGAAUGAAAAAGUUUUUGAAGGAUGGUCUCAGAGUAUUAGCUCUGGUACUGAAAUUGGAAGGGCUCAUGAUACAUACUUAACUGGCAAAGAUUUUCAAAAGCAAAAAAAGUAAAGGCUCAGGUUGUCUGUGUCUGUGGCAAUCUAAUCAUUAAUUUGCACAAAACUUUUAAAAAUAGCACUUAGCAUCAGGGGUCCAGUCUUAAUUAGAAGUCAAUCUGGCAGGAAGCAGAUGUAUGCAGUAACAAAAAAUGAGCUUAGGUCAGAAAGAAAUUUUGUUCUUUCUCCACUGGUGGAUCUUUUGGGAGCUUGCUCUUCACUCUUCAGGGUGAAGUUUGGAAGGUGUACAUCAUCACUUCAGAGCCCCAUCUGCACUGCAGAGAUCUGGUGGCGGUGAAGGCCACAUUUCUAGACAAGAGAAGACGUUUUGACUCACUGUUAACUUCAGUGUUCUGAUUUUUUUUUCUGGAAUUUAAAAGAUGUAGGCAAUAAGUUUUUAACCACUAAAUAUGUCAAUCAGUCUAACAAUGCACUGUCACGAAACCCCCCAAAACCCAAAUCAAACCAUUGCUCGAGUUGUCCUGCAGUCAAUUUCCACUCACCGUGACCCCACACCCCACACCUUACAGAGGAGAACCGCUGUAUAGGGUUUUCUAUGCUGUAAUCUUUAAGGGAGCAGAUUGCCAGGCUUUUCUUCUGCAGUGGUGCUGGGUGGGCUCUUAUCAUUGUCCCUGAUUUUAUAAAAAUAUAUAAACACUCAAUUCCAUUAUUUCAUUGUUUAAAUGAGGUGCUGCAGGCGAUAGAGGCGGGCAGGUAAUAGGCCAAGCAGAAAAGUAUGGUCUUUGUCGUGGGGCCUGAGUUCUCAGGCCAGCUCUGCCUCUGAGUGGCUGCGCACACUAGAGGUAACCUUUGUUUCUCGGAUUCUUUGUAGGGUUGUUCAGAAGACUCAAAAUACAAUAGUUGCGAAGAGCUGGCUAGAGCCCAGCUCACAGUAAGAGCCCCCUCUCCAUGAAGGCCACUCAAUCCAAAGGCUAUGACCUUCCAAUGAGUGAUGUUCUUGCAAUACCUUGAAGCCCUCAAAAUCUAUUCGGAAACGGUAAAGGGUUAAGUGAACGGAGGGGGCAACGAAGCGGGUGUGUGGGUGUGUGAGAAGCCUUGGAACCGAAGAGCGUGCUGGCUUCUCCUGAUGUGUACAGUAAGUAGGUGGAAUUAAACAAAGGAAACCUCAGCCCCCUUUCAUCUAAACAUCUAAACCAGUGAGCAUUACACAGGCGCAGGGUAGAGCCUCGGAGGCAGUGCGGCCAUUUGCAUGGUGUGCACGGAGGGGGGGAAGCUGCCAGGGGCCCUGCCUCCCCCGCGUCUCUGAAUGGUUGUCAGGCGCUCGGGCACGGGGGCGCUGGAUUUGAAGGCGCUGCGCUCGCUGGCUUCCUGAGCAGCUCGGCUCCCAGGCUGGCAGCCCCCGCGACUGCCGCAGCCCUUGCAGCCCGGGACACACUGGCCCUCACUCACAGCCUCCUUGAGAACCAUCAGGAUUCUGCCAACUGGCUCUUCCAGGCACUUCCGGCGUACACCUACUGCCCAGCCUUGAAGCCGGUUCCACUUGUUUUAGUUUUGGCUGCACCCCACUUGCAGUCUGGGAUUCCAGUAAGCUCAGGACUCAAGUGCAGUAACUAGAAAUGAGUUCAGAUACCAGUUGUUCACUACUGAAUCUUGCUUUAGACUGAGUCUGAAUGCACAACACUUCCUUGAACAAGACAGCGUUGGCUUUUAUGCUCGUCCUCCAAUUUCAAGUUUGAGCCCAUCUCUGUGCUGAGGAUGGAGUGAUUAAAGUAACCUUCCUUUUCAUGAAUCUCAUAUUCUAAUGGAAGAGGGUGAUACAUACACGUGAACAAGAAGAGUAUGGUGAAAUGAUAUGGAAACACCUGAUAUCCCAACAGAGGAAGCUGCAAAGGAAGGCUCAUGAUUGAUAAAUGGGGAAGGCCGUUCAAACAGUUACCAUAAUUGUUUUUUCUAACACCCACAUGGCACGUGAAUUGUGGAUUGCUGCGUCUCUGCCCAGGUGAUAAGUGUGGGCUGCAGAUACCAGGACACAAAGAUUCUCCAGCUGACCUUCCGUAAACCAUAAUCACAAAUGGGAGUCACAAAUGAGAGCUCACUGGGGUGACUCAACAAAAAACGGAGAUAAAAAUCAAGAUCCUAAGGUUUCGGCUACAGCCUGUCUCAGAUUUGCUGGCUCUGUGGGCAGCAGCAAUGCGGUGGAAAUGAAGAGUGAACGAAAUGUAAAGUCAUAAUGUGGGUAAACACUGGCUCACAGAACGGGCAUGCCCUGAUUUGUUAGCUGUACCUUGAUAACUCAGUUUAGCGGAGGAAGGAACCAUAAAUGACAUACCCGCUGUAGCUCCAGGACUUUCCUGUAUAUUUAAUUAAACCAAUACCACCUGGGCAAUGAGGCUAAUUCUUGAAGACUCUUAGCAGAUAGCCAUAUAACGUUAAAGUUUAUGACGGUUCAAAAGUUCAGCAGAGUGAGCUAGAGUUUGACACACCCCUCUUCACAGGAAAGGAGUGUGGAAGGACAAAAGGGAAUCUGCCUGUGAGCAAAAAAAAAAAAAAAAGUGUGGAAACAAGUGAAAUCUGAUCACGUGCCAGGAAAAAACUGUGUGAGGCAAGAAACCCUGAGUAACGAUUAACCUUGCCCAGCCCGAGUCCGGUCGAUAUGUACAGCUGCUGAAAGGGAAGUGGGUGUGGGGGCAGCCGUUCUGCACCAUGGAGAACUCAGUGGCUUCCUGCGUCCUGUACCCAGGUGACGACACAGUCAGUGGGUCAAAGCCCGGGGGCGCCUUUGCUAAUGGAGUGUGCAGAGAGGCUGGGGGCCAGGCGGACGCUCUCGCGGUCUGUGGAGAGGGUCGCCUCCAGCAGCCGGACACGGACGAGGAGGACCAGGGCACGGGUAUCAACGGGAGAGAAGGCACCGAGUCGCUGGUGCAAACACCCUGCAGUUUCAGCUCUUCCCUGUGUUUCAGCUCCGGGGAGGACUCUCCACCGCAGUCUUGUGCAACCGCGUCUUCGGCGGCGGAGGGCGCAGCGGCCUCGCCGCCUUCCGCCCUCAGAGGAAGCCGGGUGGUGAAGAGCCAGUGGGAAAUCUGCAGCGCUGGUGCCACGUCCGAAGAGCCGGCGCCGGAGGAGGCGGCGCCCCGGGAGCGCCCCGCGCCCCAGCCUGCGCCGGCCGCUGACGCUGUCCGGGCUGGAGAGCGGCCCCGGGGAGCGGAGGGCGGCGGCCCCCCCGGUCCCCGGGCUGCGGGCCCCCCCAGCAGUGCGCCGCCCGCCGAGGAGCCCGACCUGCUGAUCGAGGUGGCCGGCCGCCGCAUCCGGGCGCACAAAGCCGUGCUGGCCGCCAAGAGCGACUACUUCAGGGCGCGCUCGUCGCGGGAGAUCCUGCGCAUCAAGGGCGUGAGCUACGCGGCGCUGCGGCGGCUGGUGGACUACCUGUACAGCGGGCGCAUGGGCGACGUGCGCCCGGACAACGUCGCCGAGGUGGUGGCCGGCGCGCGCUUCCUGCAGAUGCCCUGCGCCGUGCAGUGCGCCAUGGACGCCGUGCGGACGCAGAUCACCCUGGCCAACUGCUACCAGGUGCUGAGCCUGGCCAAGCAGCAGCGGCUCGGCGAGCUCCGGGAGGCCGCCUACCGCUUCAUGAGCGACCACUACCUCGAGGUGCUGCGCGAGCCGGCCGUCUACGGCCGCCUGACCGGCGCCGAGAGGGACCUCAUCCUGCAGCGCCGGCUGCAGGGCGGCCGCGGCUGCCUCCUGGCGGCCGAGAUCAACGACGUCUUCGAGCGCGUGGGCAGCCGGCCGCAGAGCCGCGAGAGCAGCCGGCCGCAGAGCCCCUCGGCCGCCGCCUCCGCGCAGUCCCCCGGGGAGCAGCCGCCCAGGUCGCCGCCGCCGGCCCGCGCGCCCUCGGAGGACGAGGACGGCCACAGCGACUCGGUCAUCUACUACUACCAGGAGGCUGACCGCCAGUGGCGCGUCCUGACCCGGCUGCCCGAGGGCGCCAACGCCAAGGGCUGCGCCAUGUGCGUGCUCUACAACUACCUCUUCCUGGCGGGGGGCAUCCUGCAGGGGGGGCCCGAGGGGCGCGCCCGCCUUUCCGACAAGGUCUUCUGCUACAACCCGGUCACGGACAGCUGGAGCACCGUGCGACCCCUGGGCCAGGCGCGCUCGCAGCUCAAGUUGCUGGCCCUGGACGGCUACCUGUACGCCGUGGGCGGCGAGUGCCUCUUCAGCGUAGAGCGCUACGACCCGCGCGCCGACCGCUGGAGCCCCGUGGCCCCGCUGCCCAAGGGCGCCUUCGCCGUGGCCCACGAAGCUACCACCUGCAACGGAGAGAUUUACGUGUCCGGGGGGUCGCUCUUCUACCGCCUGCUCAAGUACGACCCCCGGCGCGACGAGUGGCAGGAGUGCCCUUGCAGUAGCAGCCGCAAGCGCUCGGCCGACAUGGUGGCCCUCAAGGGCUUCAUCUAUCGCUUCGACCUUUGCGGGGGCCGCGGCGACCCCCAGGCGGUGGCCGGUACGAGCGGAGGGGUCAACGUCUUUCGCUACCACUGUCUGGCCAAGCAGUGGAGUCAGUGUGCCUCGAAUCUGCGGCCCCCGGGCGGACUCUCAGGCCUGCAGCCCUUCCGCUGCGCGGCCCUAGACGGCACCAUCUACUGUGUGAACCGUGCGGGCACCUGGCGCUUCGCCCUCUCCCAGGAUGGGGAGCCUGGAGAGGACGGGGGCCAGAGGGGCAACUUCGAGCCCGAGUUGCUCCAAGCGCCCUUCGAUGCCCGAGGUGUGCUUUUCCCGUUUGUGCUCACCUUGCCGGAAAAGCCGGAGAAAGGGGAGCAGGGGACCGUGUAGGGAGGGCCCAGGUCCACUAGGUAUCUCCCUAGGGCAGCUCUGCGGUGAAGGAAACCACCCACAUGCGCUGAGAUUCCAAAAUGGGAGGGGAGGGUGAAGUGGAGAAUAGAGAGUUGUGGGGUGGGCCGUUGGAGAUGCUGGAUCAUUUAAACGCCUUGAAUUUAGAGGUCGGCUACCCUAUUCUGCAGUCCCCUUUGCUUCACUUUGCUUAAUGGGAUCAGUGGUAAGAUGUAGGAUGUGUCCAAAAUUAGGUAACCUUCUAAACAAGAUACAGGAUACCCAACGGAGAAGGCAAUGGAAUCAAAAGAUAAAGCUCCAGCUUCAGGGUCGGUGCUUGAGGUCAGGGUGUACCCAGGGUGUACUCAGGCUCCUGAGUGGCAUUGUGGGUGAGUAGGCUUGGAUCUUGAAGAGUGCUGUUGCUUACCACGUGAUUAGAAUGCCUGGCAGGAACCUGGGGGUUAUGGAAACAGGACUGUAAAGUGGGCCAGCCUGAACUAUUAGUAGAACCACUGAAAGAAGGUCACGCUCUUUUUUUGUCUUGAGGUUUAAAACGAUAACUGAUAAGUAAAGUUCUUCAAACCUAUUUAACAGGCAAAAAGUUCAUGGCACUAAUUUUUAAGUUUUGGCUGGCUCAAUUCCAAAAAGAACAAUGUAAUAAGAAUGAAAGGUAGAAUCUGUAAUUUCCAGUAUGGUUUAUUGUCCUGUAAGCAUUGGGACUAUUUCCUUUACAGAAACGAUGUCAUAGUUGCAGGCACGCGUGCGCGUGGACACACAGACACGCAGACACACAUGGCACGCGUGCGCGUGGACACACAGACACGCAGACACCCACAGAGAACAGUUUCAUCUCACUCUUUAACUGAGAUUAAUAUUUUCGGUUAAAGAGAUGUUAAUGAUACAGUGGAGAUUUACAGUUAUUUAGAUUUUAAGUCUGGUGACUGAAUGUUAAGAGACAAACAUAUCUGGAGUAGGAAAAUCUGACAAAGGUGAUCUGUUUAUUUUAAAAGGAACUUUUGAGAGCCUAUGCUCAACUAUUUUCGUAUUUUAUAACAGGCUGAGAUAUUCCUCAAAACUAAAAAGAAUAGGUAAAAUCGUGCGUUUUUGACAGUUCUAAAAAUAACCUUGCAGCAAACCUCUCCUCCCAUUUUGAACCCACCACUUACAGCCUUUUAAGUAGGUGUUAUGUAAUUCUGAUGAGGGAAAUUAACUUUUAUAAGCGUCAUUCUAUGAAAAUGUGGCAGAGUGACAACGGCCAUAUUAAUAUAAGGGGAAAUAACGUAUUUUUAAUGUGAUUAGUAAGCAAACUGCAUUAACCUAAUUAUGAAUUCCAAAAUACCCUAAUAAAAUUGCCAUGCAACUCACUACUUUGCUAGAGCGCCAGGAUGAAAGACAAGUCAAUUGAUGGCUCCUUAUUUGUCAUAGUAGUUCACGUUUCAAGUAUCUACUGAGGGGACUCACUGUUUAUGAAGAGUUUAAAGAUAAAUAGAUGUUGACAAACAGGCAAGCUGAUUGGAUCCUGAAUCCAGUACAUUUUCUUAUUACAUUAGGAAAUGUAGGCAUUUAAACAAUCACACCGACCUUAUGCUAACCUGCUAGUUAACCCAGUGAUUGGAGUUGUCAUCUCUGUAGAAAUCAGCGGGUCACCUGGAUUAUGCUUUCUAGAGCAUCUGUGGUUAUGAAAGUUACCGGUUAAGUAUACUUAGAAAUGAUCCGCUUCAGUCUUAUGCAUGUCCCAAAGGAAUGGAAUUUAUGACUUCCGUUGGAGUAUAUCCUGGAUGCAUGUAUGCUUGCUAAUGGUCACUCAACUGAGAGGACGUCUUGGCAACUUGGCUAAUCAUUUUAGGAAAGAAAAACAGACAUCCUCUUGCCUGACUUCACUGGCCUUUCCUAAGGGUGUACUGGAGAAAUUAUACUCGAAAAAAACACAGAACAAAGGAAACAAAUCGUACUCUUUUAAAGAAAUGUACAUUUCAUAUUGGAGUACAUUUUUCUCUAGAAUUUUAUUGUUUAUGCCGAAAUUUUGAUAUGAAGUGGAACCAGAUUAGUCUUUUCAUGCUUUAAAUAUCAAAUUCAUAAAAUACUAUCACUGUGAUUUUACUUAAGAAAUUGUCAUAUUGUAACAGGAAAAAGUAUGAUUUUUACUAUUGAUAAUAUUAAAACUUGGCUUCUAAAGUAAAAUCACUCACAUAAGAGGAUAUUAGAAGUGUGCUGUAGCUGUCGGAUGUGGACGGCCACACAGUAACAUCCCCAGCUGGAGUUUUUGAAUGUUUAUUUUAUCAUUUCAUUCAAUAAAGGAAUUUCUGUACUAGACAUUGCAUCACUUCCUGUGGGAACUGGCAGCAGAGUCCCAGGGUUUUCCUAUUAUCUUCUCAAAACAAACUACACCAGGAAACCUAAAGGAUAUUCGAAAGGAUUUAGCAGCAGUCACUAAUGGAUGUCUAGCCAACCAAUUUUGAAAAAGUAUAGAAUGUUAUAUAUCAUGGGAAUCCCCAAAUAAUAAUUUUACAUUAAGGCAAAUGCCAGAGGACCUGACAUGCCGUGAGGACCAGUUCACUUUGUUUUUCUGGGCCAGCGAAGGAGUCCCCGGGUGGCGCAAAUAGUUAUGAACUCGGUUACUAGCUGAAAAGUUGCUUAUAACUCAUCCAGAGGCACCCCAGAAGACAGGCCUGGAGAUCAGCUUCCCAAGGUCACAGCCCUGAAAACUCUGGGGAGCGUAGUUCUACUCUGCACGUACGGGGUUGCCGUGAAUCGGAAGCUAUUGGACAGCAGCUACCAACACCACCGCCCUGGAGCGUGGAGCCGUGAGGGUGUACACCAAUCAGAUGAACUGAAAAGCCACCCUCUCCAAGAUCUUAGGUUGGAGGACUGCUGGGUGGUUGUCGAGACUUAGCCUCUAGAGGUCUGUUGCUGUGAGUGGGAUCCCCCAUAUACAAUGUGGUGUUCUAAUUCUGUAUCCAGCGCUGUUUUGCGCAACAGUUGCUGCAGAAAUAUUCCUGAUCAUCAGUCAGCUAAGAGUUAAAAAAUGAGUCUAACUCAUUUAUGACAUUCAUCCAAAAUUCUCAUAAAAUUAAGUAACCCAGGCCCACUGAGGACAUUUCCAAACACUUGAAAGAGCAGUUGUAUUUUGAGGGGAAAGCGUGGUAUGCAGGAAAGCUUGAUCUUUCGUUAGUGGGCAGUGAUGACUUUUGUGUUGUUAAGCAGGGUUCCUUUGGGACUCAAGGGAACUAGCUGAAGACUUCAUUUCCUCUGUUCUUACUCUGUCUUGAGACCCCCACUCCCAUCCCUUAGGACUGACUCUUGGCGGCUUUGUGGAGCUUGGGUUUGGAAUUUAAUGAUUUGUUUUCUGUGUCUCUGGUGACACCUACUUCUUGUCCUUUAAGAAAAUGAAUGCCCUGGAAACUCUUUUGUUAGUUAAAACUCUUCCCUGCAUCAGUUUUGCUGCAAAUACUUCAGUAGUAUUAAUUGAAUCCUCUGCUCCAAUUCUGUUAAUUUCUAGCGUCAGUUUAGCAGUUCCAGCAGCAGUGAUUUAUUCUGUGGGUCUCUUAUGUAACUUCCUGGAACAGAUGUUAAAAUUGGAUGCUUUCUGAGGUCCUUUUGCCUUUUCGUAAAGCUGAGGUAGAUUCAGGGCAUACUCUGUUUAGUAUCCCAGGAGGGUCAUGUACACAAAAGUGCUCUUUUGUGCUGUCUUAUUUUAGAUGCUUUUUGAAUUUACGAAAAGUUUUAUUUUUGGAUUAAAAUCAAUUUUCUCAUUCCUGUACAAUAUCACUGAUCAUGAGGAGAAAACGAUACGAGCUAAAAAUGGAAAUGUACAAACAUUUUAGUUGCAUCCGAGUUUAUGUCAGUAGCCGUCUCCUUAUUUACACGUUUUCCCGUGUCCAGGAAAAGCCUGGACUGUGUGACAUUCAAGUAGCUUGCGCUUUGUGCAGGCUUCACAAAUUGAUUUAAA